AUGGUUAUCAAGGAAAGUGAGUUCGAUGAUUCGCUCGGGUACGCGUUGCUGCGCAGUGAGAUGGGCACCGUGUGGGACACGUCCAAGGACGAACGGAUGAUCAACGGUACGAUGGACCCGGAGCUGAUCCAGCGUGCGAAGGAGCGUGCCAUCCGUGCCCAGCUGAACUCGGCCGAUGGCGACACGUGUGAAACGCACGAUCAGUUCUACCGCGACCAUAAGCUACUGCUGGUACUGUUCCGCGGGCUGGCCGUCAUGCCGAUAACGCGCUCCGUACCGGGCCGUAUCACGUUCAGCUGGCGUUCGGCCGCAUCCAUCUACGCGUUCUGCUUCUACAUAGUAUCCACCGUGAUCGUGCUGGUGGUCGGGUACGAACGCAUCAAGGUGUUCCAGACGACGACCAAGUUCGACGAAUACAUCUACGGCAUACUGUUCGUGAUCUUUCUCGUGCCACACUUCUGGAUACCGUUCGUGGGCUGGGGUGUCGCCGGUCAGGUCGCCAUCUACAAGACGAUGUGGGGCGCGUUCCAGGUGCGGUAUUACCGCGUCACCGGCACAUCGCUCCAGUUCCCCCACCUGAAGUUGUUGAUCGUUUUCCUCUCGAUCGGGUGUCUCGUGUGUGCGAUCGUGUUUCUGCUGUCGCUCAGCUUCCUGCUGGAGGGUUUCGCCCUGUGGCACACAUCCGCCUACUACCACAUCAUCACGAUGCUCAACAUGAACAGUGCGCUCUGGUACAUCAACAGCCGCGGCAUCCGGGUGGCGUCCUCCAGCUUGUCGCGUUGCUUCCGCCAGGAUGUGGCGAUCGAAUGUACGGCCGCAAUGAUCUCACGCUACCGAUUCCUCUGGCUGAACCUGAGCGAACUGCUGCAAGCGCUCGGGAACGCGUACGCCCGCACCUACUCGACGUACUGCCUGUUCAUGUUCGUCAACAUCACCGUCGCGAUUUAUGGCGCACUGUCGGAGAUCAUCGACCAUGGGUUUGGGUUUUCGUUCAAGGAGAUCGGCCUCAUCGUGGACACGGUGUACUGCUCCGCGCUGCUGUUUAUCUUCUGCGACUGCUCGCACAAUGCCACGCUGCAGGUGGCGCAGGGCGUGCAAGACACGCUGCUCAGCAUCAAUCUGCUGAAGGUGGACCAACCGACGCAGAAGGAGAUAGAUCUGUUCAUACAGGCGAUCGAGAUGAAUCCGGCUAUUGUGAGUCUCAAAGGGUACGCGGAAGUUAAUCGGGAGCUACUCACCUCGAGCAUUGCCACGAUCGCUAUCUACUUGAUCGUUCUGUUGCAGUUUAAGCUGUCGCUCAUCUCACAACAAAUUCCGGCAGAAAUCAUCGAGAAUGUGAAGCUUUUACAAAAACAGUAA